AUGACAUCUGCCAUCGCAGAAGCAGAUGCAGAAAUCAAGCCGCAGGCAGAUUGGGAUGCACAGGCGGCGUUCGCCCCACAUGUUGUUACCACAGCAGAUGCUGUCGAGUAUCAAGUUGUCAUUCCAACGUACCGACGAUGGCGGCAAACACAGGAGCUGGCACCGAACAGGCAGCGCUUCAAAGAUUCGAAGCAGGCCUUUAUUUUGGACUAUACGCUGAGCUUCUUGACAAGGGAGGCCGUGCCCAAGAGCCGCGUGACCCUCUUCGUCGCGACCGACGUUGAAGCUGCGAACUACCGCGAAGCUCUCCAGGGAUCAGAUUGGGCAGAUGUGCGGAUAACGAUUUCUGCACCGGGCAUUCGUGACAGCCGCAAUUUUAUUUACAAACAUUUUCCUGCAGAUACCUACGUGGUGAGCUUGGAUGAUGAUAUCGAAGGGAUCAAGUGGAAAGUUCGUGAGGGCACGACUGACGCGGCUUGCGUGGAUUUACCCGCAGGCAGCUUCGUCAAGCUCGUGUAUGACGCCUACAAGCGCAUGAAGGAACACGGCGCCUACUUGUGGGGCCUUAGCACAUCGCAAAACCCGCGGGCUCUGAGUUUGACUGUCUGCUCGUUGCGGAACGGCUUGAUCAACGGGUACCUGCAUGGCUUCAUCUGCCGGCCUGAUGCAGCUUCAGACCUGCUGCGGCGGCUAAGUGACGCUGUCGAGGACGCCGAGUUUUCGGUGCGCCACUUUGCCAAGGAUGGUGUUGUACUGCGAUACAGGAUGUAUGCAGGUCGCACAUCUCCUUUUUCAAACCAGGGCGGAUUGCAGAGCAAGUUCCACGCAGCUGAUGCCCGGAAGACAGAGGAGUGGUGUGGUGCACAACAGUUGCACGAGCUCUUUCCCACUUUGAUCGGGGCUCCAAGUGAAGAGGGCGAAUCAACAGCUUCAACUACCAUGCAGGUAAAGUUCAUUUUCGGGCCCGUCAAGAGGGACCUUCGCACGGUGCGGCGCCUGCGUGGCCUGGGUCGCUUUAUGGUGCCCAUACUGAAGGCAAAGAAGAACCGGAAAGGCCUUAGCAUGUUGGCCCGGGCCAAGGCAUUCAUUACGACGGGAAAGAAGAAGGCCAGUGCUGCUGCUCUGGAUGCAGAGAUUGCGGCAAAGCGCAAGAGGAGGAUGGCUUCGCGAGCCGAGACCGCGAUGGCUUGUGACCGCAAGAUUGUCUCCACGAGCGCGCUUGAUUUGAUGGAUGAGGACAAACUGCGCUUCGCGAAGAACACGAAGACACCCGGUUCAGCGUCGUACCGCCGCUAUGCUAAGUACUCGAAAGCCCAAACGGUGAAAGAAGCAAUCGCCUUGGGCUGGAGGCAUGCGGAUCGGAAGUUUGAUAUUGCCCACGGAUUUGCGAAGAUUGUCAUGCUAGACACGAAGCCGGCCAGCAGUGAGUGCAUGGUCGAGGACGAGAAGUUCGUGGUUCCACCCGUGCCGUCAGGCCGUGCAGUCCCCAUUCGGCUGGCCGAGGUUGUUGAGAAGAAUCCCGGAAUACAUCUCAGCCGGGCGUGCAUCUGGCCGCUGCUCAGUCGCUGCCCUGUCUUCGACGUGGCGGCAAAGGGUUGCUGGGCCAAGCUGGCCGCACCAGGUGGGCUGCUUGCCGAGGUGCCCCUUCCCAUCUUCAGGAUUCUUCUGCAUUGGGGUCGCACCAGCUGCCUGGCUUUUGCACGAGCCCAGGGUCCCGCACUGCUCAGAGCUUUGCGACGACUGGGUGCCGAGGCGACGGCCCUUCGCAUAGAGCAACGACUGGACAAGAGCGCGUUGAAGUUCAGCACGUCAUCGUCGGGCGGUGUGGCAGUUGCCGCAGCAGAGCCAGUGAGAUGCGCAAGCUCUGGCACCGAAGGUGAUGUUGCGGGAACAAAGCGCGCAGCCAGUGCUGCAAAGGGAUCCAAGAAGCGAGGUCGAGCGAGGAACGCCGUUGAGGAACCACCUUCAAGAGUUCGCGCGGCGAGCUUGCUUCAAAUGGCCUUUAAUUCGAAGGGCGAGGGUAUCACUGUUGCAGCUUCGCAGUUGGCCUGCAACAGGCAGCUAGAGUCAAAAUGCAGAGGUGAGGACGGUGAGGUACAGGAGACGAAGGAGACUGGACAGACUUGUCAGCAUGGGAAGGCGGUUGCAACGCUGGGAAUGGUGGCACCACAGUCUUUGACAGACGCUGACAAAGCUUGUACCUCCACAUCUUCAACGAGAUCGACUGAGUCGACCGAAUCGCGUACAGAUGUGGACUCAACGACUCAGAGUCUGUCAGGAGAGCCGCAAGAUGGACGAGAGCCACGAAAAGGCGCAGCAGGCGCGGCCGACCUGGACCAACUUGCAAAAAUGCCUGGCCCUAGUCCGACGCCUUUGGUGGCCGCGAAGGAGGGGGAGGUUGCAGUGGUGUUGGGUGGACGAGUUCACUUCCAGAGGAACUUGAAGUCGCUCUUCGCGUGCAGAAGCUGA